CGUUAUUUUAUGACCAGAGCUCUUGCUGAAAUGCCCUGCUGUCACCAGCCGUUAUUUAAUGCUACCCUUUCUCUGAUCUCGGGGAUAAAAAUAGCUGAGCUCUUUCUCACUCAAACUUCACGUUUAGCUUUAAUUCGGUUUUGACGGGAAACGCCCCAAAUCCGUAAAUCCAUACUGCACCAAAGACUCAUAAAUCAAAGUGCUGGGCUUCAGCGCGAUGGAUCCUGACUGCAGUCCAGCUGGCCCGGCCCGGUAUAUCUCCGCUUCUGGAGCGAAGAGCUGCACCCUCACCGCCCUCGAAGCGCGCGACCCCGCCCCCGUUGCUCGGCAACGUGUUUACGCUCCUGCUCAGGCUCGUGCACGCUCCGGCUGCAAGCGCGUCACGCGCUAACAGCCCGCUUCUGACGAGAGAGUGAAGUCCAACGGCAUGGCGACGCCAGGCACUGGUGGCCUUGAGGUCCUUCUGUCCUCCUUGAAGGUGCUCCGAUGCUGCUUGGCACGCCUGGUCUCACCUGGCACGAGUUCGGAUUCUGAAAGCACUGAAAGCUUGCUGAAUAUUCUCAAUGUGCUGGAUGAGCUUCUGUCAUCCGGCACAGACAGAAGGAUCCACUACAUGAUAUCCAAAGGCGGCAGUGAGGCUCUCCUUAUGGCCCUGUUGAGCAUCGCCAGGUCCUCCUAUCCCAAUGACAGUGUCCUCCUGCCCCUGCUCCAUCUCCUGGCCAAAGUCGGGCACAGAGACAGGAAGAUCGGUCUGAAGGCAGAGAAGAUGGAGGCCGUGCUCCCAAUGCUGGACCUGCUCCGACAGAACGUGAAGCACGCAAGGAGAGCGGCAGCCUGCCUAUGGGUGCUACAGGUCUUCUGCUGCUCUGUUUCCACGGCAACCUUACUUGGCAAGAACAGGGGGCUGGACAUCGUUUUUAAAUUAAUAUCGCCACACACAACAAAACACACUCGCACAGUGAAAGCUGCCACAGACACAUUCGCAGCACUGUUGCAGGCAGGCCUCAACCGCCGGCUGGCUGCCUCCAGGGGCUACGUCUCCGGCCUGCUGAAGCUCUAUGAGGACUGGCACCAGAAGGACACGGAAAACGCUGCCGUACCCAUCCGCAGGGCCCUGCUCCACUGCCUACACCACGUAACAGGCAAUAGGGCGGGCAGAGCCGCCCUGGUGGCCGACAGGGGAAUGGAACUGCUUUACUACACCACACAGUCUUGCUUGACCAAUCAGAGUCUGGCUUCUCUGGUGGAGCCCACUGUCCAGCUGAUGAGGAAAUGCCAGCCCAAGUGCCCCGUGCCCCUCAGCUCCGGGCACAGUGUCUACAGCUACCCCCUUCCUGGGUGGCCUAUUUCGGACAUGCCGGCAGAUCCCCAGGACUGCAGCUCAGAAGACGACAGUGAUGACGACCCCAAGAGUGAUGAACCCACCUGCAAGGAACUUGAUGAGGACCUGGAGACAGACCUCAACAAGCUGUGUGUGAAACCCGAGCCUGACAGAGGAAUGGAGCAGCUGGGCCAGUAUGUCCGUCUGUGCCCAGAGCUGCACCAUGACUUCCAGGAUCUGGAUUCAGGCACUGAGGAGGAGAGCUCAGAUGAAGAGGCUCUGCUGAACAGGUACCUCGGCCUGGGGGACCGGGGCCCCCGUUGCCGUGGGAGACCCACCGGUGACGGCCAAGACCAGGGGAACUUGAAGUCCCAGGAUCAACCCGGUGAGGUGCAGGAGAAAGGAGUGCUUCCUGAGCAUCUGAGAGGCGGGGGGCUCCAGAGCUCCUAUCUGAGCAGCUCCGGGGCCAAGAAGGACGUGUGUGGGAUGGUGGACAGAUUGCUGGAAAAGCACGGGGUCUCUAUCCCCAACCACGACCCUCGCGUGUACACAGCCGCGGCCUCCUGCACGAAGUCUGCUCCUGGCUUCUCCGUUCUGGCCUUCCCCGACUUCUGGGGCCACCGGGCGCCCAGCCGCCGGGAGCGAAUGGCUGAGCGCAAACCGAACGUGCAGAGAGAGAAAGUUCUUGAAGACAUCCGACGUUACCUCCACCCAGAGGAUCUUAUUAACAAAGUUGUGUUUGACUUAGAGGACCCCAGCACCUGGUCCUGUUUGGAACGAUCUGAUUCGCUUUGCUUCUUCUCCAAGUUUGAGAGUGGGAAUCUACGCAAGGCCAUUCAGGUCCGCAGCCACGAGUAUGACCUCAUUCUGAAUGCAGAUGCCAAUUGCUCUCAGCACCACCAGUGGUUCUACUUUGAGGUCAGCGGCAUGGAGGCUGACGUUCCAUAUCGCUUCAACAUCAUCAACUGUGAGAAAGCCAACAGCCAGUUCAACUACGGCAUGCAGCCUGUUCUCUUUUCUGUGCGCGAGGCGCUGGAGGGGCGGCCACACUGGGCGCGUGUCGGGAGCAACAUCUGCUACUACAGGAACCAUUUCUGCCCAGUUAGACCCGAGAAGUGCAACAGAUACUACACCUUGACCUUCACCGUGACCUUCCAGCACGGUGAAGAUGUCUGCUACCUGGCUUAUCAUUAUCCCUACACCUACUCCGCACUUCAGACACAUCUUCAGAUGCUCCAGCAGUCCCUGGAUCCCCGCAAGGUCUUCUUCCAGCAACAGAAUCUGUGCAACACACUGGCAGGAAACCCCUGUCCCCUGGUUACCAUCACGGCCUGCCCCCCGUCCCGCCGCUGGAAUGACCUGCAGCAGCUCCGUAGCCGGCCGUACGUGGUGCUGACGGCGCGUGUGCACCCCGGGGAGAGUAACGCCAGCUGGGUGAUGAAGGGCUCCCUGGAGUUCCUGUGCAGUGACGAACCUGCAGCCCAGGCUCUGCGCGAGGUCUACAUCUUCAAGAUCAUCCCCAUGCUUAAUCCCGACGGAGUCAUCAACGGAUCGCACCGCUGUUCCCUGAAUGGCCAGGACCUCAACAGGCAGUGGAUGAAGCCUGAACCCAGCCUGAGUCCCACCAUCUUCCAUGCAAAGGGACUCCUGUACUAUCUCAACAGCAUCGGCAGGACCCCACUGGUUUUCUGUGAUUACCACGGCCACUCGAGGAAGAAGAACGUUUUCCUCUACGGGUGCAGCGUGAAGGAAACCCUGUGGCAGUCUGGCUCUGCCGUUGACACUGCCACCCUGAAGGAGGACCCCGGGUACCGGACAAUCUCGAAGACCCUGGACCGUAUUGCUCCUGCUUUCUCCUUAAACAGCUGCAACUACCUGGUGGAGCGAUCACGGGAGUCCACGGCACGUGUGGUGGUGUGGCGAGAGAUGGGCGUACUCAGGAGUUACACCAUGGAGAGUACCUACAAUGGCUGUGACCAGGGCAUCUACAAGGGCCUUCAGACUGGCACCGGGGAGCUGGAGGAGAUGGGCCUGAAGUUCUGCCAAAGCCUGCUGCCUCUGAGGAGGAACUCGAUGUUACACAGCAGGAAGCUCAUCAGCCAGCCCUCGCUGUUGUACGACCUGUACAACGGCCCCCAGGACCACCAGUCACACAACUCCUUUGUGGAUGACGAGCCGCCAUGCUUGGAGGAGAUAGAGUACCUGAACGCAAGCUGCAAGGAGCACAUGGUGGGCACGCUGGAUGCUGAGGUGGACGGCAACGGGCCGGGCUCCGAUGAGGAUGAGGAGCUGCAGCGGCCGGAGAGAAAAUCACGCCUCAUCCCCUGCUUCAUGCACCGGGCCUCCCUGGACACUCUGAGCCAGAAGCGAGGUUCACGGCAAGCCACGGAUAUCUCAGGCCAGCUCUUCAGUUAGCGGGCCACGCUAACAUCGCUAAUCGCUGUGUUCACCUCCCACUCCCUCUGCGAAUUGUGCACAGAUGGGACUUGGGGUGUGGCCUGUCACUUUUAUUUAAAACACAUUUCUAUUAUACUUCUUAUGAUUCUUGGAAAGCGCCCGUUACACUGUUAAACAACCAUAAGUGAAGAAACAUUUAACACUUAAGUUGGUUCAGUUUAUCGAAAAUGUUAUACAUAUAAUUUUUAAAAAAGGGUAAAACAAUUUAUUGAGCUUCUCAGAAAGCCUUCAAAAUAAAUAGGUAUAAAAUGUAUGGGGUAUAUGUAGGGAUAUUUGUAUGAGGAGUGCUGUAACACUUUUACCUGCCUAUGUGCACUUUUGUCCUUAUAUAUAAGUGGUGAGGGGAGAAAGACUAUGAAACAGGUAUAAUUUCAUUUCAUUUAAAGACUGUCUGACUGCAACAGAGAGGCUGUUUACUCUGAAAUGUGUCCGGCGAACUGCACAUACAGGUAUAGCCACAAAAAUUUAGAAGACCUACCUACAUUGUGUGAAACUGUUGAACGAAGUCAGUGAUCGAAUUGCCCAAUAAAAUAUUUAUUUAUCUUUU